AUGGCCUUCAAGUUCGUCGCUUUCGCCGUCCUGAUCGCCGCGGCCAACGCCGGUGUUAUCGCACCUGCGGCCCCUUUGGCCUACGGCGCCUACGCCGCAGCCCCUGCCGCCCACCUGGCCUACGCCGCUGCCCCCGCACCCCUGGCCUACGCCGCCCCCGUGGCCAAGGCCGUGGUAGCUAAGGCCGUCGACGCCGAUUUCGACCCGCAUCCCCAGUACAGCUACGCCUACGACGUGCACGACAGCCUGACCGGCGACGCCAAGAGCCAACAGGAGACUCGCGACGGCGACCUCGUUCAGGGUAGCUACUCCCUCUUGGAGGCCGACGGCACCAGGCGGAUCGUCGACUACAUCGCUGACCCGGUCAACGGAUUCAACGCCGUAGUCCGCAAAGAACCCGCCGCCGUCGCCGUCAAGGCCGUUGCCCCGGUCGCACACGCACCCCUCGCCUACGCUGCCCCGGUCGCCAAGAUCGCCGCUCCCGUGGCCCAUGCCGCCCCUCUGGCCUACGCCGCUCCGAUCGCCAAGUUCGCCGCCCCCGUAGCUCAUGCUCCCAUCGCCUACGCCGCUUCGGCCCCCAUCUCCUACGCCGCCCCAGCUGCCUACCUCCACUGA